AUGGCACGCAAGAACGCGGCUCAGAAGGCGGCGCAGAAGGAGAAGCUCGACCAGCUCAAGGACCAGGACCCGGAGGAGUUCGCCCGCCUCGAGGCCGAGCGCGAGGGCAAGUCGAAGAAGCAGAUGCACAGGAAGGACAAGCCGUGGGACGUCGAGGGCACCGACCACUGGAAGGUCGACCCGUGGGCAGAGGGCGAGAUGCGGGGGCCGCUCCUCGAGGAGAGCAGCUUCGCCACGCUCUUCGCCAAGUACCGCGAGACCUACUUGCGCGAGAUCUGGGGACAUGUUACGGCUGCACUCGAGAAGCAUGGCAUCGCGGCAACGCUGGACUUGGUCGAGGGUUCGAUGACGGUCAAGACGACGAGGAAGACCCACGACCCGUAUAUCAUCCUCAAGGCGCGCGACAUGAUCAAGCUGCUCGCCCGCUCCGUCCCUUUCCCCCAGGCGGUCCGAAUCCUCGAAGACGGCAUGGACUGUGACAUUAUCAAGAUCGGCAACAUCAUCCGCAACACGGAACGAUUCGUCAAGCGACGACAGCGCAUUCUCGGACCCGGAGGAUCGACGUUGAAGGCGAUCGAGCUGCUCACGCAGUGCUACGUACUCGUGCAAGGCAACACUGUGGCAGCGAUGGGAGGACACAAGGGCUUGAAGGAGGUUCGCAAGAUCGUCAUCGACUGCAUGAAGAACAUCCACCCGAUCUACCACAUCAAGGAACUGAUGAUCAAGCGCGAGUUGGCAAAGGACCCGAAGUUGGCGAGCGAGAACUGGGACCGCUUCCUGCCCAAGUUCCGCCGGCGGAGGGAGAAGAAGCGCGGUCCUCCUGCGGCGGAAGGGUCGGGCGCGAACGGCAUCCCCGUCAACGGCGAGGCGUCGACAUCGGCGGAGGCUCAGCCGCCCGCCAAGAAGCAGAAGAAGGAGAAGAAGCCCUACACGCCGUUCCCGCCCGCGCAACAACCCAGCAAGAUCGACUUGCAACUCGAGUCCGGAGAGUACUUCCUCAAGCCGCGAGAGAAGCAGCAGCGGGAAGAGGAGAAGCGCAAGGCGAAGCAAGCGGAGGCGACCGCAGCUCGGCAAGAAGAGCGAGCGAAGACGUUCGUGGCACCCGACGAGGCGCCAGCACGAGCGGCGGUUGGAGCGGUGGGCGACGCAAAGGAGAAGAAGAAGCGGAAACGCGAGGAGUGA